UCGUUUUGUGCGAAAGAGAGGGAAAUAGCUUUUUGCUCGUGACGUCUCUGUAUACCCUGUGAUUUUAGUUGACGUGUUUGUUAGUAUAAUCACAGGGUAUACUUUGUGGUAUAAUUGUAAAACUUAAAAAUCAUUCGUAAUAUAAAAAAUAUAAAUAAUGGUGGAAAUAAAAGCAGUUUUGGAAAAAUUUUACAAUGACUACAUAAGCAAAACGCCUAAGAAGUUGAAAAUAGUUGAUAUUUAUCUUGCUUAUAUAUUGCUUACCGGCAUAAUUCAAUUCGUUUAUUGUUGUAUGGUUGGCACAUUUCCCUUCAAUUCUUUUCUCUCUGGAUUUAUCAGUACCGUGAGCUGUUUUGUACUGGGUGUGUGCUUAAGAUUACAAGCAAAUCCACAGAACAAAAAUGUGUUUGCAGGAAUUUCACCAGAACGAGGAUUUGCUGACUUCAUUUUUGCCCAUGUAAUUUUACAUUUAGUUGUAAUGAACUUCAUUGGAUAAAAAUAAAGCAUUUAAAAAUAAAA